AUGCAUGCUCCAAAGUGUGUUCCCGUUAAGGUUCUCUCUCCUUUCUGUGUUUCAGCUCUUGACCCUUGCUCUGCCUACCUCACCCUGAAUGAACCAUGGAGGAACACAGAGCACCAGUUCAAUAGUUCUUUCGACCAACCGGAGUGUGACAGUGCUGUUGAUGGGGAAUGGUACCGCUUUACCGGGAUGGCUGGUGAUGCUAUGCCCACCUUUUGCAUCCCAGAGAACCACUGUGGUACCCAUGCCCCAAUCUGGCUGAAUGGCAGCCACCCUCAAGAAUCAGAUGGCAUUGUUCAAAGACAAGGAUGUGCCACCUUCAAUGGGAACUGCUGCUUUUGGAACACCACAAUUGAUGUCAAAGCAUGCCCGGAAGGCUAUUACAUCUAUCGCCUUACAAAGCCCAGUGUCUGCUACCAUGUCUACUGUGGAUACUUCUAUGACAUCUGUGACAGGAUCGAUUGCGGCACUUCGUGUCUGGAGCCCAGAGGCUGUGUCUGCUCUUUGGGGACAACGCUGGGACCAGAUGGGCAGACCUGCCUUGAUGACGAUGAAUGUGAACAGAAUAAUGGAGGCUGCAGUGAGUUCUGCAUAAACCUAAAAAAUUCCUAUCGUUGUGAAUGUGGAAUUGGACGUGUUCUGGGGAGUGACGGAAAGACCUGUGAGGAAAUCGAUGGAUGUCACAAUAAUAAUGGAGGCUGCAGUCAUACUUGUAGCACAGUGGGAAACACCUACCAAUGUGAGUGCCCACGGGGUCUCGUGUUGUCAGAUGACAACCACAUGUGCCAAGUCCCAGUCCUGUGUAAAUCUACCUCCAUAGAAGUGAACAUCCCUAAGGAUCUUGUUGGAGGGCUGGAUCUCUCACUCAUCAAUGGUUCCUGCAAAGGAGUAUCCAAUGGCACUCAUGUCAACAUCAGGUUCUCCCUGAAGACCUGUGGUACCAACAUAGAGGUAGUAAAUGACAAAAUCAUCGCUACCAAUAUGAUAACUGGCUUGCCAAAGCAAACUCCGGGCAGUAAUGGUGACAUUAUCGUCCGAACUGGCAAACUGUUGAUCCCUGUAACUUGUGAGUACCCUCGCUGGUACACCAUCUCAGAAGGCUAUGUCCCCAAUGUUAAGAACUCACCACUGGAGAUUGUGGGUCGCAACCGAGGCGUCUUCCCCUUCACCCUUGAAAUAUUCAAAGACAAAGAGUUUGAAGAGCCCUACAGGGAUACCCUCCCCACUCUUAAACUCCGAGAUUCUUUGUAUUUUGGGAUUGAGCCCUUGGUGCGCGUGAACGGCCUCGAGACAUUGGUGGAGAGCUGCUUUGCGACCCCUACGGCCAGGAUUGAUGAGUUCUUGAAGUACUACUUAAUUCGAGAAGGCUGUGUUUCUGAUGAGUCGGUGAAGCAGUACACAUCCAAGGAUCAUCUCGCCAAGCACUUCCAGGUCCCAGUCUUCAAAUUUGUGGGUAAACUCAACAAGGAAGUGUUCCUGCAUUGCCGUGUCCUUGUGUGCGGAGUGACAGAUGAGAGGUCUCGUUGUGCCCAGGGCUGCCACCGACGGAUGCGCAGAUGGGCUGAGACAGAGGAAGAGGAAGCCAGUCAUGUCGUUCACCAUAUCCUGACAGGGGGUCCCAUUAGGAUUGACAUGGAGAAGUAG